AUGUCAGAUGCCCCAAUUCCCAAAAGCAUCAUACGUCCUACCCGUUUUCCUACUAUGGAUUCCAAUCAACCCAAUGAAACGCCACCCACAAACUCCCUACCACCCCUACAAAACACCCAACAAUCCCUCCCAUCCGGCAGCCAGGCAGAUUCACUGGACCUCAUGGGUAUGGAAAAGGUUCGUCUCGACGAUGAGUUAGAGGGCAUGGACCUCACCUUGAGUCAAGCCGGGUCAGACGUGCUUCCUACUGAGGAGGAAGAAAACCAUCUAAUUAGACAAGAAGUCCUAGACAUAACGUUUGGAACUUCUAACUUAGGUCAGCUGGUAGAAGGUUGGAGAGUAUCCAAUGAACCUUCCCUGUCUGAUCAUAGAAUAAUUACAUUCUCAAUAACACGCCUUUUCACAGAGAACACCUCUGGAAGGAACCCUAAGAAAACCGACUGGAAUCUUUACAAGAGUGUGGUACAGAUUAAUCUUGAAAGAAUCGGUCCGGCUAGAACGACUAAAAGUCACCUUGAACUCGACCAUAUGGUUAAUGAGUUUAGUGGAGCAAUCAAUGAGGCAUUUGAACUCAGUUGUCCCAUUAAACCAAUCAAAAGUCAGAGAGAUGCUCCUUGGUGGAGCAAAAAUCUGUCGAAACAGAGAUCAAAGGUACGUAAACUGUUCAAUGAGGCAAAAAGAACUGGGGAGUGGGAAGGUUAUACGGCAGAGUUGACAAUUUACAACAAGGAAAUCAGAAAAGCAAAAAGAAAUAGUUUUGUGAGUUUUUGUGAAAAUAUUACCGCUACUCCAGCUGCAGCGAGACUACACAAGGCUCUAGCGAAAGACAAAACCAUAAAGUCGCUAGCGCUUAGAUACAAUGAUGGUAGCUUUACUGAAAAUGAAGAACAAAGGUCGACUCUGCUACUUAACACUCACUUCCCAGGAUCGCUUCCAAUGACAGGAAAUGUUAUAGAAAGUACAACUUUCAAACCUAACAAAACUGACUGGAAGUUAGCUACAGCUAUCUGUUCAGGCAAAAGAAUUGACUGGGCGAUAAACACCUUUCAACUAUUUAAGUCACCAGGUGUCGAUGGUAUCUUCCCUGCUCUACUUCAAAAAGGGGCGGAAGACCUGAUGCCGUAUAUUAUUAGCAUACUUCGUAGUAGCAUGGCACUUGCGCAUGUACCAAGCUUGUGGAGAAGAGCUUAA